GCAUGCAAUUUUGUGUUGUUUGUGUCUGUGUGUGGAGUCUCUCUUUGUUUUUGUGCUUAGUCUAACUCUUGCUUUCUUUGCAUUAUCACUUGUCGGAGGCAUUGGGGUUCUUUAGUCUUCAGUUAGCCAGCCAACAUGUAAUGGUCGCGUAUGAGUGUUAUUUGGUUUGAUGCACGACAACGACGACGACGACUUGCUUGCUUGCCUAUCAGCAGUGAGUUUGCGAGUGAGUAAGUGGAUGCCUCGGAUGUUUAUUCGUUGUUGUUGAUUUUGUUUUUGUGGAUCAUCGGUGUCGGUCGGUCGGUCGGUCGGUUGGUUGGUCGGUGGUCGUUUGUUCCUCUGUGCAUAGGCUAACUAAUAACAAUGAGUAAGGCCAGACAUUAUUGUGUGCGUAUGUUUGUCUGUGCGUCUGUUUGUUUGGGGGAACUCUCCUGAAUGUGUUCGUGUGCUUGUCUUCCAAUGGAUGGAUGAUUGUUUGGAUGCAUGAAUCUGAUGGCAAUUUUGUGUUUUGUUCUGUUUUGCUGCUGGUGUUAUUACUUUUGCCUGCUGAUGUUAAUGCUGCCGCCUUUAUUGUUGCUGCUGCUGCUGUUGGCGCUGUUGUUUGGAUAGUUUCAUUGCUGGUGGCUGGCUGUUUGGCUUAGCCUAACUUUACUCUUCUGUAUACUCUGCCUGCCUGGUGUAUGGCUGGUGUUCUGUGUGUCUGUAUGUCAUCACUGUGGCUGCUGGCUGUCUUGUUGUUGCUUGGCUGCUGUUCAUGGUAGUGGUGGUGGCGAUGGCGAUGGUGGUCGUCUGUGCUGUGCUGUUUUAUUUGGCUCGAUGGCUCUGACACUGCUUGUGUACUCUUUUUGAAAAUAGUUACAAGAUGUUCAUCGGUGGGUAAAGAACGUCUGGACGGAUGAUGAACAUUGUUCGCAAGUAAAAUAUCUUUAGACAGCCGGAGGAGAAGAAGAAUAACAACAGAAUCAAAGCGAAUCUCAACUGACAUCAUCUCCAUCGCUCGUGGUCGUCGUUGCCAAUCAUCCUUCUUCUUCCUCUCGCUCUCUCGUUCUCGUCACUUUGCUUAACUCUGAUUGUGUGUGAAAGAAUAGCUCUUUUUUCGGAUUUCUUUGUUGGUGUAGUUGCUGUUGUCUUCGUUGUUGUUGUGGUACUAUAUACAAUAAUGUGUCGUCGCUGUUGAGUACGUACUUACUUACGUUUUAAGUCUUUGUGUUGCCGUUCGGUCGGUCGGUUGGUUGGUUGGUGUACUUUUCAUCAUCAUCAUCAUCCGCAACUGCAUUUGUGAAUUCUGUUUUGUGUGAAAAUAAAAAUAAGAAUAAGUAGCAACAACAACUUUAGCAGUUAAAGAGUAUUUAUCUGUAAGAGCUACCGCGAGUAUCGAUACGCGGCGGCAUUAAUAAUCCCAACAGUACCGAAAAGAAAAUAAAAAGUACAACACCGUACCACACGGUGGCGCAUUGUUGGGAUUUGUUUGACAAGACCAGAGACUUUCUUCAUUGAUCCACCACCGUCGUCAUCGGCAACAGCAUCGCGACGGUUGCGACAGUUGUAACAACUGUUUUCAGCCAUUAGCAUCUGCAACGGGCAAGCAACACAGCCCACAAAUAACUUCUUAUACAAAAGUGUUAAAAAAUUUUUUGAAACUGAACAAAUAAAAAAUAAAUAAUUUUUGAAAAAAAAAAUAUUUUUAGACAAAAAAAAAGUUAAAAAAAAAUUUAUUUUGAAAAUUCAAAAAAAUACGAAGUGACUAAAUACAAGAGAGUAACAGAAACAUAAAAGAAUUAAUGAUAAUAUUGAAAGAAAACAUGCAAUGACAAAGUGACAUAAAACAUGAAACAAGCAUUUAACAAGAGAAAGUGAUAUUUUUUCUAUACAUUAAAAAAAAAACAAAAAAACAGAAAACUAUGCUACAAGCAAACAAACUCGUAAAUAUUUACUUUAUACAUUCGUAAAUCCUGCAAAGAAAAAUAUAUAUGUGUGUGAAAUCACACACAUACAUACCAAUACCAAUAAACAUCAUACCUGGCAUCCGCAGAAAUUUAUUUUGGAAUACGACUUUUUUUAAAUAAACAGCAAAGCCAAGAAUCUGACUUCCUUCCUAUUCGAUUAUAUUUUUUUAUCAACAUCAACAAAGUGUACCUUGCAAACAUGGCCAAAAUACCUAUUUAAUUAUAUCAUUUUUUACAAGUCCACUUUAAGCGGAACAACAGAAAAACCACGGGUCCAAUAACCGCACAAAGCGAACACCAAAAAAAAAAACAACAACAACAAAAUCUUUUUGAUUUUUCCUUCAUCCCCCAAAAAUCGCUUUUGUUUAUGUUUUGACACGCAAUGGAAUUGCCUUCCAUGGUUCAGAGAUCUGGCGACACCCUUAUCGUACGCAGUGUAGUCAGUGGCAAUCAAUUGUAUGCGGACCAACAACACAACUCGAUUGGACCAGAAGUUUUAAACAAUAUGAAUACCUCAACAGCAACAACAAACAACAAUAAUAAUAACGGAAGUUCCGCUGCCAAUGGUGGUGUUGGUGGUGGUCUACAAGUGAAUCCCUCCAUUUCCAGUAGCCUGAUAAUGGAACAAAUCGAACGUUUGAAACGUUCGCAAGAGGCGGCCCAACAAAUCAUGCAACAACAACUGCAACAGCAGCAGCAACAACAGCAGGCCCAACAAAAUGCCGCCAUGGAACUGAAGGAAGAAGGUCUGCCGCAAUGCAAAAUCAAGCGUAACUACAGCUGCAGCUAUUGCACCUAUUUCACACAGAAUCCUCGCUACCACUUGACCCACUUGCGGGACGUCCAUGGCGAGAAAAUAGUCAUUAAUAAGUGUAAACUUUGCCUCUAUGCCUCGCGACACUAUCAGAAGCUGGUGCGGCACAUGAAGAUGGUGCACGGCUGUACGGAGGGAGUGACCAGUGGUCAUGGCCAGGCACGUGGAAAACGUGGCAUGAAUCGUGAUCGAAAACGUAAGCUGGAGGAUAGCAUGGCCCAGGCAGGAUCGGCGGGGACCAUCAAGCUAAUGAAUCUCGAGGCAUUUAAUGCGGAACAGCUCAAGGCCGACAUGGAACAGAAACUAAAUCGCGACUUGGAUUUAUUCACACAACAGCAACAACAACUGCAACACGAAGAACAACAAAAAUCACAGCAACAACAGCUGAGCAUAACGGCAGCCAAUGCCUUUUUCGCCGCUGCUGCCUAUGAACAUCAGCUGCGGGCCCAACGUGAUAUGGCCGAAAAAGAUGCCCUCCGCAAAAACGACCAUUCCAAUUAUGAGCGCCGAGAGUCAACAUCACCGCCAGCACCCAAUGAGGUGACAUCUGAUGAAAAUUACAACAAUGCAUCCCAUGCACAACAAAAAUCCUACGACUACAACCCCUCCUCCUCAACCUCUGCCCUUAAUUCCAAUGCCACAGCGGGCAACCAACAGGAAUCGAAAAUUCAAAUGCCCCCACAAAGGCUCAGCUAUGAAUUGACCCCCUCUCCGUCGGGCAGUAAUUCCUCACCGCCGCCGGCGGGACAAAGCACAAGUGGCAGCACCACCCCUCUCAGUGUCAUGUUACCCACAGAUGAGCCCUCCAAUAAUCGCCUGCUGAAAUGCAGUCUCUGUGAUUUCACCACGCUGUAUCGCAACAAUCUGCUGGAGCAUGAAAUCGAAGAUCACUGCGAUGCCAAAUUCUAUCGCUGCGAGAAAUGCUCCUAUGUGACGCACAUCAAGGCCCGCUUUAGCAAACAUGUCAAAUACCACUCAAUGCCCAUGAUCAAGUGUGUAACGUGUGACUUCCGCACCCCCUACAAAUGGAAUUUGGAUCGCCACAUGAAGAAUCAUGGCGGGGCAGGACCAUUCCGAUGUGCGGCCUGUGACUUCACAGCCGACAUCAAGCAGUCGCUUACGGUCCAUGAAAUGAAUCAUCAUGUGCCGCCCGUGGGUCAUGCGGCCGGCAUGACUUUGGCCCGAAGACGCAACAAAGUGGGAGGCACCGAUUUGAGUGAAGAUUUCUUUAGUGAUUCUGCCGAAAUGUUGGAGGACCACUUCAACAACAACAACAUGGAUGACUACGAUGAAAUGCUAAUGACAGCCGGUCCCGUUGAGGGUGUUUACGAAUCGAAACGUUUGCGUUAUGAGGAGGAUGAACCCACAGAUCUAUCACAAAAAGGCGGGUCCUCCGAUACUUCGUCGGUGCACAAUCAAGCAGUGUCCACAAAAGCCAAGAAACCAUUGCCCAAUCUAAUACCCAUCUCCAAGGAGGGGGAAAAUAUUUUGAAUCUCAGUUCGGACAUGGUGGCUGGGGGAAGGUAUUUCAAUGAAAAACAAACGGGUGGGGAUACAGGCGCCACAGCCGCCGCUUCCCAAUUGUCACCCACCACCACCAUAGCCUCCUCGUCAGCUGCCAGCGGCAAGAGUCUGCUGGCCCGUAAAUCCGGUUCAUUUUUUGAUAAAAUCAAAUUCUCCACCACCACCAAUGAGAACCUUAUCUGCCCCUGUGGUCACAUGGCCAAAUGCCUUUCCGAAUCGAUUAUUCAUCGCAAAUCCUGUACCUUCGGCCAUGAUGACAUCGAUCUGGAUGACGAGGAUCAUGAUGAGGAUGGUGAAGAGGGCCGUUUGGAAAUUGAUUUCAAUGAAGAUGAUGAAUGUGACAAACAGUCCCAGUCGGCUCUCAAUCUAAGCGUAACUGGAUCGACACGCUGCCAACAUUGUCGCCAUCGUUGUAAAUCCUCGGCUGAUCUGUUGAAUCAUUUGAAAAUCUGUUCAGAGGCCAAUAGUCGUUGUGGCGAUUCGUUGUCAGGGGAAAGUAGUAUUGGCGGUGGUGGUAGUGGCCGUCUAAUGAUGGGUGAUGUGGAUCACCAGCAACAGUCGCAUCAUCCCAUGGAGAAUCGUGUCUUUGUUUGGAAUAAAAUACCUCGCAAUCAAGGUUCGGAGGGUUCGCAAAGUUUCGAUGGCAGCCGGGGAAUGCAUCCAAAUGCCCACGGGAAUAAUGGUGGAGGUUCGGGCGGUAUGGGCCCCGGAGGUAUCCUGAGUGCCAACAAUGAUGAGAAUAGUUAUUAUGGUGUCGAAACCGCUCCAGGCUAUGGGGAGGUAACUAAAAAGAUGACACCCGAAGAAGAGGCAGCCAAUUCGUCGCUAAAGAAAGUCUACAAAUGUCCGCACUGCUCGUUUUGGGCCUCCACGGCAUCCCGCUUCCAUGUACACAUUGUCGGCCAUCUGAAUAAGAAACCGUUCGAAUGUUCCCUGUGCUCGUAUCGUUCCAAUUGGCGUUGGGACAUUACCAAGCACAUACGCCUAAAGACCAUACGCGAUCCCAGCCAUAAAAAUGCCCGUGUCCUGAUGAACGAUGAGACAGGGCGUAGGAAUUACACCAAAUAUAAUAAAUAUAUUACCCUGAUGAAGGUAACCGAGGAGGAUGGCGAUCCGAAGCUAAUGAAAUCUGGUGAAAUGACACCAAAUCAGGUGGCUUCGCUGGCCUUCAUCAAUGAUUACAAUCAGAAACAGCAGCAGCAACAACAACAGGGUUCUGUUGCCUCAUCCGGCUCCACAUCUUUGAGCAACAUUUUAAAUGGUGUACGGGAAGAUAUUACCCUAGAGCCAAUACCAUCGAAAAAUUCUCUAGGAAUGGUUGGCGAUGACAAUAUGGCCGAUAACUUUAUACGUUUGCCGCUCUUGGCCUCAAUGAUGAAUGCCGCCAUGGCCCAGCAACAACAUCAGAAGGGGCAACAGGCCAACACGGAUCAUGAAAAUGCCACAUUGAUUACACCCUCGGUAACCAUAUCGGCCGUUAAGAAGAAUCCACAAACAUCGUCAUCAUCUUUCAAGCCAAGCGAUGAAAUCAUUUUGGAAGUGCGGCCGGACAGCAGUGAGAAGAACUAUAAGUGUCGUAAAUGUAACUUUAGACACAUGAACCGUGAUGCCGUUUUGGCCCACGUCAAGGUACAUUUCCCCGAUCCCAAUGCCCCCAUUGUAACAGCCACUGCUACAACAUCGCCCAACAAAUCCAGCCAACUGCAGGCCACGGGUCCUCUGCAAAUCACAGCAAAUUCAAAUUUGUACAUGAACAAAGUAUUGGCUGCCAUGUGUCUGACACAGCAGCCCAACAGCUCGGCCAAUGCCCAGGCUCAAUUGUCCAAUCUGGUCGCAGCCGGUCUUCUCGAUCAGUCGGGCAAUUCCGCGCUUAGCGGUCUGGCACUGGCCUUGGCCGGCAAGAGUCCCCUCAAAGCAUCACAGCUAAAUGCCGCUACUGCUGCCGCUAAUAUCAUUGAGCACGGUGAGCAGAAAGCGAUUCUAAAUGACCAGGCAAGUGCCGAGAACACUAUGACGUCGCCAAAUCAAUUAACACUAGUUAAGGCGCUUCAACACAAUUCACAACAACAACAACAGUUACAAGCGACGUCGUCGUUGUCGUCUACAUCAAAUUGUGGUUAUGGGCCGGCGACGGCAAAGAGUCCCUCAUCCUCAUCUUCAUUGCAAAAUCUAUUAACAUCGCCCAGGGGCGGCAGACAGAGUAGUAACACAGCCAGUCUGGAUGGUGGUUUAAAUGACACAACAAUGGUUAUGGGUUCAUCUAAAACAACAACAACCACCGCCACCACAAAUACAACGGCAACAACACUCACAAACAAGCCUGGCACAAUGGCUAUAACUGCGACAGCAAAUCCACCUCCUCCUCCCUCACCACAAGCAAUUCGACACUGUCGUUUGAAACACGCUGGCGCCAUCAACAUCGAAACCCUUGAUCGCGCUGCAACCGGUGAUCGUCACAUGGCUCCAGUGUACAAGCCCUUGGUGAAUGGAGCCUCGAUCAGUGAUCAGCUGCAACAACAACAACACCAAUCAAGCAAUAACAAUCUUAGCACCAAUGGCCAAUACAGCUUGACCUUAAAGGCUUUGCAACAGCAAAACAAUAAUAACAACAGCAACAACAACACCAACACGAACCACAAUAACAACUCUGUACUUAUAGACAAUAAUACCACCAAAAUGGGUAUGACAAAUUUGCCAAAAUCCGAGACGCCACAAUCUCUGUUGAGCUCAUCGUUACCCCUGACCGGCAACUCGGCAGAUUUACAAGCUGCAACUGUGGCUUAUUUGGCAGCCGCUUACAAGGCGGCCCACAGCCAAAAUGGCAUUAACAAUGCCACAUUGGCCAACAUUACCAAUAUGGCUGAGGAGUUGUUGUUACAACAACAACUGCAAAAGAAUGAUCAAAUCGAAAUCACCCGUGUUUCUUCGUCGUCAAAUGGCCAGCAGCAACAUCAUUUGGGGCUAUUGAAUGGUCAAAGCUCCAAUUUGGCCCAAUUGUUGGAAUCCAAUAACAAUAAUGCAAUGAAUGCUCCAACUCCAACAAAUAGUGGCAACAACAACAAAUCGAAACAACAAAAGUGUCCCCUCUGCACCUACAUUUGUGACAGUAAAUCCCAGAUGAACUAUCACAUCUCGCUGCACAAGCCCACCCAGUAUGAGUGUCAUUUGUGUACCUUUGUCUGUGCCAAGAAACAGCAUUUGAGCUCGCAUAUGCGUAGCGUGCAUCAAAUGUUGCCACAACAACAACAGCAGCAGCUUCAGCAACAACAGGCAUUUGCUGCCGCAUCCUCAGCUGCCCUGAAUAUGGAUUUCAGUUUGGCUCUUAAAGUGGCUGCGGCCAAAAAUCAACAGGACUCUCCCUUGGCCAUUGAUUUAUCGGGUAUGAAACACAAUAUUGCCGCCCUGAACUCGCCAGCCCAACGUUCUUCGGUGGGUGGUACAAAUACCGCAGCCAAGGCCACCUCCGCAGCAUCCACUCAACAUUUACCACCCGAAUAUCAAUACCGUUUAAUUUAUUACUGCAACAGAUGUCCGGCUCGUUAUGCCCAGAAACACAAUGAUCCGUUGACGGCGAAAAAUGAUCUAGACGAACAUCUGAGGCAACAUGAACCCUUCCCCAACAAUCCAGAUGAUCCACGUAAAUGUCUAUGUGACUACUGCGAUUAUAGGGCGGCCCAUGAGAAUUUGAUACAGGCCCAUCGUCAUGUCCAUACCAGCCAAUAUCAGGAGAAAUGCAAUGAGCUGUAUAAAAACUGCAAAGAUGACACCGUCUAUCGGGCUCCCAAGCUAAUGCACAUAACCGCUACCCGCAAGCAGCAUCAACAUGAAACCAUAUGGGUGGUGGAUCAGGAUCUAAAUGAGGGACACAUAAUAAAAAUGGGUGGCCAAAAUUCGAGUAUUACAUCCAGUUCGGCCAAUGCUGGCUUUGAGGUUGGGAAUUCUUUGCUUAAGAAACAAUUGGAAUCGAAGCAAAGUUCGCCGCAAAAUGUCAACGAAAUGACACACAAAGAUGACAAAGAAGAGUCAAAUGCGCCAGCCUCCAUGUCACCGGACAUCAGUGAGAUGGAGAAUAGUUUGGAAAAACCCUCUGGCCGGGAAAGCAAUUCCCCAAGCCAUGUUUCGGACAAUGUAGAGAAGUGUCAACACUGUCCAUUUGAAAGCUCCUUGAGGUCAGAGUUCAAAACCCACAUACAACAACAUAUCUGUGUUUCACAACUACCUUUGGCCUACACCUGUGAGCAUUGUGACUACACGGCCGAGGAGCAGGAUCACAUUGAUGAACAUACACGCAUACAUUUCAAUAGCAUGGAAAAAUUAAAAGAUGUUGCCUUCUUUACCAGCUAUGAUAAAUUGGAGUUGAGCAUGGAACAGCCACUCAACGAGGAGGAGGAGGAUAAGGAUGCAGAGAAUGAGGAAAAUAAUCAAAAUGAGAAGGCAAAGGAGACAGGGAAUGAAAAUAAUUUGGAAUUGAAUAUUAAAAAGGAAAUAACGGCAAAUAACAAUAAUGAUGAGGAUCGUGUAAAUGAAAAUCUGAAGCAAGCUUCCAACCCCAAUACCAACACCACAACCAAUAAUGAGGCCUCCACAUCAACGAACCCCGAUGAAAAUAAAUCCCAAAAAUGUGCAAAAAUAAUUCUAUACAAAAAUGAUGGCUGUUUGAGUAUUAAAAAGGAAAACAACAGCAACAACAACGAAACGGAGCACCAAGACCAACAACAACAACAGAAUAGCUCUUCGUCUUCCAAUAGCCAAAACAUAAGUGAACGUCUAAGGAGGCGUAUCAGUCGCCCAAGUGGAAAUGCAAUUUCAAGCAGCAGCGCCAACAAUAACAACAACUCAACAUCUGAUGACCAACAACAACAACAACAGUCCACAACAACUACAAGCCAUAAAACUAUAUUAGUUAAUGCCAAAACUGGUCAAGUUAUCAGCAGGAAUUAAAUUCUUAUAUAACUUUAUAUAUACAUAUACAUAUGUAUAUAUGAAAAAAUAUAUAUAUAUUUAUGUAAAAAAAUUAUAUAUACAGUACAAACAUACAUUAUGCAAAGGAGAAAAUGAUGGGAAAAUUAGUUUUAGUUGGAGUCGUCUUGAAAAUAGAAAUUCCCAAGAAAAAUAACAAAAAAUUAAAAAAAAAAUCGGAAAAUUCCAAUUGAAAUCAAAAUGUAUGAAAUAUUUAUAAAGAAAUGUAAUUAUUUUUUUUUUUCAGAGCCAAAAAAUUUAGAUUCAAUUUUUUAAAUCUAUAGCCAAAACUAUGAAAAAAAAUUAAUAUAAAUAUAAUUUUUUUAUUUCUUUUUUUCGUUGAAAUCACAAUUUUUUUAAUUUUAUUUUAAAAAUUUAAAGCAUUAAUGAGUUUUAUUUAAUAAUGGCAUUUAAGAAUUUCCAUGCAGUUGGAAGACAAAUAGAAAAUAUUUUUAUAAAUUUUUUUAGUGUCCAGCACGUUUUAAAACCAAAAAAUUUCUUCUAAAAAAAAAUAUUUUAAAUCUGAAUAUUUUCUUUCUCAGUGCACAUCCAAUUUAAUUUGAAUUAAUAAUUAUUAUAAUUAUUAUUAUUUUUUUAAUUUUUCUCCUUUUGGGGCAAUUUUUUAUAUUCUCAGUCAAAUCGCUAUAGAGGAUAUAUAUAAUUUCAAUUGGAAUUAAUAUCUUGCAUCGACAUGCUCUUAAAUAUUUAAAAAAAAAAUUGUUCCACUACAAAAAAAAAAUUGUUCUUUAAAAAAAUAAAACUUAUUAAAUUUUCCAUUUUUUUAAUUUGUUAAAAAUUAAUUGAAUUAACUUUAUUCGAAUUAAAUAUUAAUCAUUUUUUGAUUUUUUUUUUUUUUUUUUUUGAUGGCAUAAUUUUUAUUUUUGGUAGAAAAAAUUAUUUUUCAUAGAAAGGCUCUUAAAUAUUUAAAAUGAAACAGAAUUUGGGUGUAAACAAAAACAUGCCACUAACGAAAUUUUGAAAUUACUUUAAAAAAAUCAAUUUUUCAUUUUUUAGAAAUUAAUUAGUUUUAAUUAAAUUUUUUUAUUAAUAUUUUUUUAUUUUUCAGCAAAAAAAUAUUUUUUCCUUAAAAAGGCAUAAAAAAUCAGUUUGUACUGUAUAUGGACCCUAUUUUAUAAAUUAAUACUAAUAUUAAUUAAUUCUAAUUUAAGCAUAUUAUUUUUAAUUUUUUUUUUGUUGUUUUUUAUUUUAUUUCCUAAAAAAACCAACCCCCACCCUGAAGAUAGGUUAUUUUGUUUUAAUUGUUAAAAAAAAUUGUUUGUUACUAACUUUUAAAUAAUUUUAAUUUUUAAUAAUAACUAAUAUUAAGUUUUGUUUUUUCUAAUUUAAAUAAUAAUAUUAUAUAAAACAUUUCCAUAUGAAAAUAAAUAAUCAAAAAUUUAAGAGGGGCAGCAAAAAAAAUCAUAAGAAAUUACUUUAAUUUAAAUUAAAUAACUAAAACAAUACAAAAUUUUAAUUACAAAAAAAAAACAAAAUAAAUACUGUGAUGUUCAAAAUAAAACUAAAAAAUAUAUAUACAAAAAAAAAAAAGAAAUAAAUUGUUGGAAACUUUAUUAAUUCUAAAAAUUAUACGAGAAACAAAAAAUGCAUUUGCUGGACCCCCAAACAUUAUUUUUACAAAAAAAGUAGCAACAAAUAUAAGGAAAAUCAAAUCAGGAUUAUGAAACCAUACAUACAUAGAUAUUAACUUUUAAUAUAUAUUUUCUUAUAAUUAUUAUUGUUAUGUUCCACACCGGGUUUUAUUAUUUCAUUUUUAUUUUGUUAAGUUUAUGGUUAAUCACAUUUUCUCCCCUGCUACCCCACAUUUAUUAUAGUUUUAAAAAUCUAAAAAAAAAAUAAGUUUCAAUUGUUUUUGUUCUUGUCCUUAAACACCUUUAAUUUUUAAGAUAUUUUGUUUCUAUUAUUUAUAGUUAUUUUUUGUUCUAAUUUUAUUGGUAAACACAUAUACACACGCAGAAAAAAAAUGAGUAGCAUUAUAGUCAUUUAUCUUAUACACGUAAAAUGAUGCAAAAUGAAAAUAAUAUUUAAUUAUAAAAACAAACAAAAAAUGUGUAUUUACAUAUUGAAGAAAAAUUAAAUAAAUAAAUUUAGUGUUUUAGUUUAUAUAAAGCAAACAAAAAUACCUAACUAUAUACAAAACAAAAAUGAAGAAACAAACACACACAUGCAUACCUUUAUUAUCUAAUCUUAAAUUUAGCGUAUAGUUUAAUUUAAAAUGCAAAAACAAAAAAAAGAAACAAAAAUGAAAACAAAAUACAAAACAUAAGCAUAUUUUUACACAAUUGCACACAACUUACAAGUUAAAGUUUGGUUCUAUAUUAAAAAUUUUUGGAUUUUUUAAGAAUA